GGCGAAAGAGAAGGCAUGAGAAGAAGAAGCUUUUAAUGGCGGGAGUGAUUAGGGCUAAGCAGCUGUUUCUAUGCUCGUCGAUUCUCUCGAGCAACAACAAUAAGGUUCUAUCACGCCUUCCUCGGCGUAGUAUCAAUGUAAUUGCGGGAAAUCUCAAUUCGAGCGAGACUAAGAAGAAGGAGAAAGAGAAGAGGAAGAGGAGGAAAGAGAUUGAGGUGGAAAAAGCUACUGCGGAAGCAGUGGUCAAUAAGGAAAAGAGAAGGACACGGUCGAGCAGAGGGUAUGAACUCGCCGACGGUGACGAAGUUCCGUCCUCACAUGUGCCUGUGAUGCUCGGAGAGGUUCUUGACAUUUUCUCUUCCGUUCGCUUGCGAAGUUUCGUUGAUUGUACUCUUGGCGCAGCUGGUCACUCUUCUUCUAUCAUUCAAAGCCACUCUGAAUUGAAGAAUUUUGUUGGAAUGGAUGUUGAUCCUGUGGCAAGGAAACUGGGACACUUUCAUAUUGAUUCGCUCAUGCAUCCAACUUUGAAGGCUUCUAUAGUGUUGAAGAACUUCAAAUACAUCAAAUCUGUGAUUGCUGAUACGCAACCGGAGUUGUUAGAUGUAGGUGUUGAUGGUAUUCUUAUGGACCUGGGAAUGUCAUCUAUGCAGGUAAACAAUCCUGAAAGAGGGUUUAGUGUUCUUCAAGAGGGACCUCUUGAUAUGCGUAUGGAUCCUCAGGCGACUCUAACAGCAGAAGAUAUAGUGAAUUCGUGGCCAGAAUCUGAACUGGGAAGAGUUCUACGGGAUUAUGGCGAAGAAAGCAAUUGGUAUUUACUUCAAAAUAGAAUUGUUAAGGCUCGACUUAAUGGCGGGUUACAUUCUACUGGUGAACUGGUGGAUCUCAUUCGGGGUACGUCACCAGCAAGCAGAGGAGGCAGACAAGGCUGGAUAAAGACAGCAACACGUGUGUUUCAAGGCCUAAGGAUUGCAGUGAACGACGAACUCAAGACACUACAAAACUCACUCUACUCAUCAUUCGAUGUUCUCGCUCCAGGUGGGAGACUAGCAGUUAUCUCCUUUCACAGUCUGGAGGAUCGGGUUGUAAAACAAACGUUCCUCGACAUCUUAGGGUUUCAAAGAGAAGAGAUCAACGGAGAGGGAAGUAGUGUAAAACCGGAAAGGCAAAUCGAAGAAAGAGUAGAGAAGGAAUUAAAAGAGAAAGAAGAGUGGAUCAAACAGACAGUAAUAGCGUCGAAAGGAGUAAUACUGACAAAGAGACCAAUAACACCUUCAGAGGAAGAGGAAAGACUGAAUCGCAGAGCAAGAAGUGCUAAGUUAAGAGUGAUUCAGAAGUUGUGAUUACUUUAUGAAAUGUUUUUUUAGUUGACAAUCAAAAUUUCAAAGCUCUAACUAAGCUUUCAUUCAAAAUAGUCGAGGUUUUUAGAAAAGAAAGUUAGGAACAGGGAAACAGAAGAGGAUUGAUCCAAUAAUAGUUGAACCAAAACCAAUUAAACCAAACGGAAUAGUGUUCAAUUUUCGAACCAGACCGGUUAAAAUGCAUAAGUAAGUGUGUGUCGUCGUCGCCG